GUUUCUUUUCUUCUUCGAGUGACUUUUGCUUCCCUUCUGCUACUUUCAGCAACUGUUGCAACUCCACUCUCUCAUCCUUGAUUUGUUUGUUUUCUUCUUCCAGUGCUUUUUGUUGCUCUUGUGCUUCAUGCAGAGCCUUUUCGAGGCCCUCAACUUGCAACUCCAUUUCGCCCUCCCUUACCCGCUGCUCGUUCACGACAGCGAGAAGCUCGCGGUUCUCCGCCGACAGUUGACGUAUGGUUUCAUCGGUUUUGACCGACAGCACUGCCUUCUGAAAAUUCAGCUCUUCUCGUAUCUGUCUGCCACCUUCUCGCAAAAUGUCGCACUCAAUUUUCUUUUUGGUCAGCUCGCUCUGGAGCUCGUGCAUCUGAAGCUUCUCGCGGACUCGUUCCUUCGCUUCUCGGCUGGGUUUCUUGGGAGAGAUGUCGACGGUGGCACCGUUGACCGAACCGACAGCGAGCACGGGCAGGGCAGUAUGUCUGGUGCCAACCCUCCGGUGACAACCUCAGCCGCCAGAUCACCGAGGAUGGCACGGAACGCGAAAUACGGCAGCAACCAGUCCUUAAACACGGUCAACGGGGGCAUUGUUGAAACAUUUCCCAAGAAACCAAGCCAAGAGGCAAAGGACCGAGUUCUAGCUAAGAUUCAGCUGUACGAGCUCCGGAAGGAGCUGACCAAGAAGACGGCGGAGUGCGACAUUUUGCGAGAAGGCGGGAGACAGAUACGUGAGGAGUUGACCUCUCAGAAGGCAGAAACCGAUGAAAUCAUACGCCGUCUUGAGGGUGAGAAGAGAGAGCUGUCCGCUCAGGUGGAAGAGCUGAGGGCACGGGAAGACGAGCUGGAAAUGCGCGCUGAGGACCUCCAAAGGGACCUUAGCGAUGCAUCGGCGGAGCUGAAAGAAGUGGGGGAGGAGAAGAAAGCACUGGAAGAGGCAAAAGAACACAUUGAGGAGGAGAGAGAUGAGCUGCAACUGUCAUUGAAAGAAGCACAAGAAAACUGGAAGACACUGGAGAAGGAAAAGAAAUUCGUCGAGGAAGAGAGAGAAGUGUUGCAAAUGUCACUCAAAGAAGAAGAAGAUAAGCGGAAAACACUGGAGAAGGAAAAGAAAAACAUCGAGGAAGAGAAAGAGGAGCUGAACCAAUGUCUAAAAGAAGCGCAAGAGAAGCACGGAACCCUGCAGAAGGAGAAGAAACACGUUGAAGAUGAAAGCGAAGAGUUGCAAAGGUCACUAGAAGGGGAAAAGAAACUCCUCGAAGAAGAGAGAAAGCAACUGCAAAAGUUGGUAGAGGAGUUGCAAAAAUCGCUGUCAGAAGCACAGGAGAAGCAGGAAACGUUGACAGAGGAAAAGAAACUUGUCGAGGAAGAGAAAGAAGGGUUACAAACAUCACUGAAGGAAGCACAGGAGAAACAAGAGCUGCUGGAGAAGGAAAAGAGACACAUUGAAGAAGAAAAAGAAGGGUUAGAAAGCUCGCUGAAGGAAACACAAAGGCAGAAUAAAACGCUGGAAGAGGAAAAGAAACACGUCGAGGAUGAGAGAGAGAAGUUACACAAGUCAGUAAAAGAAGGCGAAGAGAAGAAGAAAAUAGUGGAGGAGAAAAAGAAACAAGUCGAGGAGGAGGGAGAGGAGCUGCGAAAAUCUAACCAACGUUUGGUGGAAGAAAUCAGCGCCGCUAAGGCAGACGUGAUCGAGACUGCUCGGCGGGCAGAGGAGGCGGAGAAGAAGGCGGCCCAGGAGCUGUGCCAGCGGCAGGAGGUGGAGGCGAAGAAUGAAGAAGUCGUGAAGGAGAGGGAUGCUGUCGUGCUUGAAAGAGACGACACCAAAGCAUCUUGCAAGGAACUAGAAGAGUAUAUCGAGAGCCUGAAGAGAGAGAAGCGGUCAGAGGCUGCUCAGACCGAUCUCCAGUCCUGCGUGUCGUGUACCAGUAAGAAAGAGUACAAGGGCGAUAUCACAGUGAUGGAGUCAUGCAGCCUUCUGCCGUACUUCAUCCACGGCGACAGAAGGAACCUCAUCGUCCCACUCCACCACAAGCAGUCUAAAACCAUCGAUCUAAACGACUACAAGUUGGAGUCCAGACGCCGUCCGACGCCACCAAACAAGCUGAAGCGCAGGGGAUCCUCCAACCAAAGCACCAAACUGCCGAGCCUGCUGAAGUCGAAGAAAGGAGUCGCCGGGCGGGAGGUGGAGAUGUCCGACCCUUUCCUGACCGGGAGGUUCGUGAACUCGAUCAACGCGGAGGCCAGCUCCCAGGCGCCGCUGCAGGACGGCCAGACCGUGAUGGUCGAUCUGCACGGGAACCGCUACUACGUCAUGGUGGACGACAACAGAGAGGCACUGGCGGUGAGGGAGUAG